AUGCUUACGGCGUCAGUGUGGGCUGGCCUUGCGCCUGAACCGGCGGCGACGGCGACGGCGGCUGGGCUAGGAGGGGGGCGUGGAAAGGGGUACCACAAGGGAAGAGCGAUCGAUGCGUUCGCCAGGGGACGGGAGAUAAUGAGAGGCUCGGAGGGAGCCGGACGAGCACCGGCAGGAGUAGGGGCGGGACGCGAAGCAGCAGCGCCGCCAGAGGCCAGAGUUGUUGGUGGUGCUGGGGAUGGAGGCGAGGGCCGGAUGUUGAGAAGGAGGCGGCAGGCCUCGGAGAGGGGGGAUGUCGGCCGAGCCGACCUCUCGGGGCAAGCGGAACGGGGAGAGCCGUCUCUGUGGGAGCGGCAAGAGCGAGGAGGACAUGCCGCCGGCACCCGCCUCCCCCCAUCGGAGGGAUCGACGGCUCUUGCCGACGAUGCAGCAAGGCGCCGGGGUGACAGCAGGGUUGAGGGUCGGCAUCCCGCGCCACCAACGAACCUUGGGUUGUUGCGAACCGGAGGGGCGGCGGCAACGUUCGAGGUUACUGAGGGGCCGGGCCGGGAGGGGUUGACCCGCCGGAGAACCCAGAGCCGAAAAGAUGAGGGUUCGGGCGAUGCUGAAGAGUGGCCGGAAGAGGAAGAGGAAGACGGCGACGAGAACGACGACAGCUUCGGGUCAUCCGGGCUGCUGGCGCUCCUGGGCUGUUUCGGCCUGUUUUUUUGCGUCAUGGAAGUGGCGAAGUGCUACUUCCUCUUCGAGUGUCGGCGCCGGCAGCGGUGGCGCCAACGGAGGGGAGCGACAGGGGAUACCCGCCAGAUGCCCAUCGCCUCUAGCCGAGUGGUCGCCCCGGAGCCCCCAGACGACGGAAUGAAGGAUGAGUGGGUGGAGGUGGUCGUGGACGGCGUCUGGAUGAGCGGCGACGUGCCGGGAGGUGAGGGCUUGCCGUCGGCUACCGGCUACGCCGUCGCGGGAGCGUCUCACGCUCUCCAUGACGCGAUCGAGCACGCUCGUCGACUCUCGCCAGGCACAGGUUACCGCGCCGUGUUCGCCCCGCCGGCAGCGCCGCCGCCGCUUCCGCAGCCGCAGCCACAAGCGGAGAUGUCGGAGAUGUCACGGGACGACGUUCCGCCGCACCGCUCUCCCCCGGUUUCCGCCGCGCCCUUUGCCGACAUGACGGAUUCAACUCAACGGUAACCGGGCGUGAGAAACAGAUCGAUUGCAUGUGGAAAGGAGGCGUUGUGGGAAGGCGUGUUCUAUUGGCGUGUGGUAGCGAGCGUGUGGUAGCGAGCGGUGUGCGGUCUCUUUUCGAGCGGUGGGCUUUUGGACAAUGUGGGGCGGAAGGCAGAGCAAGGUUGGCCUCUGGCAUUUCCUUAGCUUGCGCAAACCUCCACUAGUGUGCAUGAGAGUAAGGCACGUGUACUGUACAUUUGUUUUCUCUCUCUCUCUAGGGACUGGGGAAAUAAUUCAAUGUUGAAAUUCAUGCUUUAGAGGCCGUCCGUGUGCUGGCGUUCGCUGGCGUUUGCGUGCUGCCUCUCAUUACUUGUUGUUGUUUUUUACGCCGGUGUUUUUUGCGAUAUUUUUGGUGCGGUUGUUUUUGGUGCGGUUGUUUUUUUCUUUCGUCCACGCUUCGGCAGA